UGCUAUGCCCUAGUUUCUUCACCACUAUCCACAUUCCUCAGAACUUGAUGAAAGAUGUCUCCCAAAAACAUGCUAGUCUUACUGAUAGCAUUUCUUUUGGUUACAAGCUCCCUUGCCAUCCUUCCAUCCUCUUCACCAGCAAACAAUGAUUCUAAACCACAACCACAUACUCCCAAACCACCAAAUCAUAAUAAACCAUCACCACAUUUUGAAAACAGUCAUCCCAAUCCACAUCAUGGUAAACCACCACCACCACACAUGGAAGAUGCAUCACAUAAAGGUAAACCAUCACACAUAAAAGAUACAUCGUACGAUGGUCGUUUACCACCGGAUUAUAAUGCUAAACCACCAUAUCAGGGUGGUGAUCCAAUACAUUCUGAUGGUAAACCACACACAGAACCACCACAUCAUGGUAAGCCACAGCCCAUGGGAACCACAAAGGAGUUGCCACCGAAGGAGCAACAGGGCACAGGAAAUCAACAUCCAGAGCCUGGACAUGAUGGUCAUAAUGGUAAACCAUCACAUGAUGAUGAUAGUAAACCAUCACAUCAUAAUGAUAAACCACCACACAUAAAAGAUACAUUGUUUGAUGGUCGUUUACCACCGGAUCGUAGUAUUAAACCACCAAGUGGUGAUCCAACACAUCGUGAUGGUAAACCACCACACACGGAACCACGACAUCAUGGUAAGCCACCGCCCAUUGGAACCACACAGGAGUUGCCACCGAAGGAGCAACAAAGCACAAAAAAUCCACAUCCUCCGAGGAGUCCUGGACAUGGUGGUCAUAACGUGGAAUCAACCAACUUUCGACCAAUUGAUCCACCAGGUUCCGAUUAGCCAAAAGUUUCAAAUUGCAUCAAAGCUUUAAGAUGCUCUACAAUAAUUGCAAUUUGAAACCUAAAUUGGCUAGAGUUUGCUACUUUAAUGUAUAAGUAUUAGUGUCGAUGCUGUAAGCAUGUGUCAUCAAAUAAAAAUUGGGAGUUUGUACUGAUGUAAUAU